AUGCAAAGUCCGAAUUCAUCUCAUCUGAACGAAAAUACCGUCUUUGAACUUUUUCACAUUGCCACUGUAUGCAAAAAUGUCAUUCAAGACGCCGAACGUUUAAUUGUUCGAGAGAAUCGACAAAAACCUUUCAGUGAGGAACAACAGGCUCAUCUCGUACAAACGUGUGUCAUGUCCAUGUGGAAUGGUCCUCAAAAUGUUCCAUGUCUUUCAAAAUUAAAUUUAUAUCAACGAAAAUCUUUGGAUGAGCAAAUGGGUCAGACACGAGCGAAUAGAGCCUCGAUGAACAAAUCGAAUUGGCAAUUGAAUUCGGAAUUUAUUCAUUCACCCAGCACGAGAGAACACAUGUUUCAAGAAAUUGAAAGCUGUCACAAAUCAAGUGAUGAAUUUAAAGUGAAAUUUAAAGAAUAUCAUGAAUUGGUGAAUAAUGAUUGGAUGAAUCAUGGAACCUUUGCCACCACAUUUCCACAAGUCGUUUCAAAUUUGAAUAAUAGUAAUACCAAUGACCAUGAAACGAGUCUAUCUUCAAUAACUUGUCAACUCCGAGAAAAACUCUUAUCAAAAUUCACAUCUUCUCCAAAUGGUUCAUCAACAUUGAGCGCCUUAAAGAAACAACAAUUAGAUUCUCUCUCCAAACAAUAUUAUCCACAAGAAAGACAAGAAUUAGAAGAAUGUAUUCGGGGUCAUGCCAUGUCCAACCCAAGUGCUCUCUUUAAUUAUCCAAAUUUUUUGGAAGAUUGUAAACGAUCCAUUAAUCGAUUCUAUUUCAAAACUUCGACGCAAUAUUGUAAAAAACAUUUCAUGAAUUGUGUAGAAAAGUCCGGUGAGACUCUGAAUAGUUUGUCUAUUUUGCAAUCGAUGGAUUGUGCAUCAAGUCAUCACACUCCUGAUGAAAUUCAAUGCAAGAAUGAAUUUUUACAAUAUUUUGGAGAGUUGAUUCAGGAGAAUGUUGAAUUGGUUCGUCGCGGAUCGAGAGACACAGCAACCACAACGACAUCUACGACACCUGUUCCAGGAGUGGUCGAGUAA